UUUAAAGAGCAAAGGAUUUAACGCUAAAAUAGUAUUAUUUAAAAAAUUUGGAGAAUAACAUUCAAAUAAAAUCGUCGUAAAUAGAAUGUUAAUGCAAGGCUCAACUAAUAAAUCUUCAUUCGUCUACAUCAAAUAUGAAGAAGAAUGAGUUGGUUUGAUGCGACAGGAUUUGCCAAUUUGGCAAAAUCUGCUUUAAAAGAAGCUCAAAAAACUAUAGACAAAGCUUUGGAUAUUAAAGAUGAGGAAGAAAAGGUAAUUCAAACACACACUGACGAAGCUUCAGACUUUUUUACAACUUGGGAUUUUAAAACGGAAGAGGAAAGUAGUUCCCAGAGUAAAGGAUUAAAUCCGAAACAAGCGAACACUAGUAGUAUAUGGGGAAGUUUUACAGGAUCAUUUUUUGAAAUUCCCAAAUUUGGAGAUAAGAGUACAACGAGUAAUAUUAAACAUUCCAAGUCGUUACAAGGUACGUCUUCUGAAACUUUAGAGAAAUGUCAACUCACACCAUCAGCAUCACUUCCUGACAGUCUAACUGUCAAAGAAGUAGAGAAAGAAUCAGUAAAAAAUAGCGAAGGAUCAUCUGUCUGUGUUUCUAAAGUAUCAUUCGAUAAACUUGAUGUUAAUAUAUCAGCAAAAUCUCCUAACAAUGAAAUUCCAUUAGAUGAAAAGCAUUUGUCAGUAAAUAAAGAUAAUAAUAAAAUUGAAAAACAUGAAACAGAAGAAGAUACGACAAAGUGCAAUACGAAUGAAGACGAUUCUCAAAACAUGACCGAUGCUUUUAACAUAAAAGAUAAUAAAAGUAAUGUCAGUGAAAAUGAAGUGGAAGAACAGAAAAAAGAAGUUCAUCAAGAAGAAUUGACAACAUGUAAUACAUUAAAUAGAAUAUCUGUCAUUUCUUCUGAUAGCGAUAAAAAGAGUUUAGAAAGUGUAGAAAUACUUGGCUCUCAAUCAAAUACCGAUUGUACUACCACUCCAGAAUCGGAUGGUAAUUCAGUCAGUGAUUCUAUAGGUCCGUGCGGUGUAGGUUUAAAAGUUAAUUCGGAAUCGGUAGAAAUAUUACCGGAUAGUUUAGUAACAUCUCCAAGUUCAGUAGAAAUUUUAGGAGAAUGGAAAAGUGAUAGUAGUCCUAAUUUAUCACCUAUAGAACAAAAACAUUCAGAAUCGUCUUCUAUAUUGGAUAGAGAUGAUUCUAUAACACCUUGCGGAGACAAUAUUAAUAUGUGGGGAGAAGAAGAUAAUAAUAUCCAAAAAGAAGUCUCAUCUUUUGAUAUAUCUCCAAACCUAUUAUCUACGGAAAAAAAUCAAACAGAUCCUAACAGCGCUAGUAGUACAUCAUUACCUGAUACCUCGAUUACAUCUCAAACAAGUAAUAGUCUAUCUGUCAUAGACAGUAAUAAAGCUUCACCAGAAAGUGUUGAAAUAAUACCAGAUGUUGAUGAAUUGGAUGAAUUAAGUCUAGCUGAAGAUUCUUAUACUUCUGCAUCUGAAAGUACUGUGAUGACUAUUAUGGAAACAUUUCAACAAUAUGAUCAAACGAGACCAAAAUUGGAUUUUACUAGUAUGAAUGUCAAAAUGCAUGAAUCUUAUCAAGAUAGUAGUAAACAAGUUUUGCUAAAAUCUUCUACAGAAUCGCAGUUAACUACAAGUCUUGAUUCUUUAAAAGAAAAACAUAAUUUACAUUUACCAAUAGAACCUAUUACUACUCAACCAAUUUAUAAACCGGAACCUUUAGAAUCUGUUAACAAAAUAAUUGAAGUAGAUCCAUUUAGUCAGUUAAUGAGUACAACGAUAGAACCACCGGAAAUUGAAGGUGAUGUUGAAAAUGAACGGUUGCAGAGAACAGAAUCAGUCGAAUGCACCGAUCAAGUUUUAAUUUUAACAGACUCUAGUUGCGAAGGAACGCUUAUUGAAAGUAGCUCUGAAGAUAAUGCAACGUUAGUUUCCUCUGUUGCUACUAAAGUUGUUGAAACCCAUUUAACAAGUAGUUCCUAUGUAAAAACAAUGUUAGCAGAUGCAAUGGUAGAAAAACAUGAAAUUAUAGAUGUACAAACUCAUUCUGCUGGCGCACCACGUGAAAAUUCACCAAUUUCUUCAGAAAGUUUUAGUCGUUCUGAUCUGGUAAAAAUAGGAUCUGAUCAAACUAGUGGACAUACAAGUGGAGACGAAAUAGAAACUACAACAUCAAGUGAUAUCGAAGUAAUAUCCAGUCCUAAUGGAGAUUCAAGCUCUACUCAAUCAAGGCAAAGUCCUGCCAAAUUACAGACAUCCAAAGGAAACGAUUUAUUGACAAAAACUUUAAAAACAAGAGGUCACUCCAGAGAACUUAGUGAGAUUAGUAUAGGAUCAGAUGAAACUAAUUUAGAAAUAGAAAAAUUAUUAAAACGUAUACAAGAAAUGACUGAGGUAUUAGAAGCGCGAGAGUCGAAAUUAAUCGAUGUUAGUAGAAUUAAUAUGGAAUUGCAUGAGCAAAACAGUAAUUUAAGAAAACAACUGGAUAGUUUUGAAAAACGUGCAGAACAAAGUCAAAGUUUGAAUCAAAUUACAGACGAGUAUACGCAACGUUUAUCGGCUUUGGAAAGAAAAUUUCAACAAGCUAUUAGAGAAAGAGAUACGUUACGAAAAAAUCUGGAUCAAUUAAAACAAGAAGCAGCUACGCGCUUGUCGUCCCAAGAAAUGUCUACUAUUAACGCGGAAAAGGAUGAAAUAAUUAAAGAGCUUAGAGAAGAAGGAGAGAAACUUAGUAAACAACAAUUAACGCAUAGUAAUAUAAUCAAAAAAUUGAGAGCCAAAGAAAAAGAAAAUGAUGCACUUAUUAAACAUCAAAAGGAAGUUAUUGAAGAACAAACUUCGGAGUUAGAAAGACUGAAACGAUCGUUGUAUGCAAAGGAAGAAGUUGAACGAACGCAAAUAGAAGCUGUACAUACAUUGACAGCAAAAACGAAGAAACAAGAAAAAGAAAUUUUAACUUUGCAAGAAAAAUUAGAUAAUACUAUGCAUAAAAUGGACGCUUACAAAAAAAGUUUAGAAGCUGCUAAAUUAGAGUUAGCAGAAACAAAGAAGAAUUUAGUAACCACUGAACAAGAAUUGAAAGAAGCUGUAGACAGUGCCAGCGAAUCGUGUCAACUUUUUGCACAAGUGGAAGAGCUAAAGAUUAAGCUGCGUCAAACAGAAGAAGCAAAUGUUAAGAAAGAAGAAUUCCAUAAACACGUGAACAAUAGCUUACUUAAAAGAUUAGAAGAAGCGGAAACAAGAAGCGAAGAAUUAUCCGAAUCAAUUUCAACAGCUACGAAACCGUUAUUGAGACAAUUGGAACAACUACAAGCAAAUUUAGUGCACAAAUCAAAUACUUUUAUGAAACAGGAAAAAGUACUUAACGAAAAUAAUGCUGAAUUGCAAACUAAACUAGAAAAUUUACUAGAAGUUGAUCGUGGUUUAAAAGAAGAAAAUAUAAAUUUAAAAGCUAAAAUAUCUCAUUUAGAAUCGAAAAUUAAUGCCAAAGAAGCAGAGAAAGAACAAUUGGAAAAUCAAAUUAAAAAACUAACAGAAGAGAAUAAAACUCUUGCGGAUGAAAGUUUACGUCAUCAGCAAAAUAUGGAAAUGCUUCAACAGACCCAUUCAAAUCAGAUUAAAGAAUUUAAAAGAGAGAUAAAUGCGUUAGAAAAUAAAGUUGCUAUUGAACGUGCAGCAACGGAUGCAGAAAAAAGAAAAAACCAUGCUAUGUUAGAACAACAGCAAAGUAUUGACGAAGAACUUAGACUCAGCCCUACUCUUAGUAUUGAAAGAGACUCUGUGAGUAGUGCGAGUAGUGUAUGGCCAGCUUUCAGUGAUUCAGUAUUUGAUAAUGGAUCAGGAAGGUUCCCUGUAGCCUACGGCAAUUUUAGAGCAGGAACCAAUAGUACAUCUGUGGUUGAAAACUUACAGGCGCAAUUAAAGCAACGAGAUGGUGAAAUACAACAACUUCAAUGGGAAUUAUCACGUCGUAACACUGAAAGAGAUGCUCUUAAUACAGAAUUAUCUGCGUUAACUUUAAAAAUGGAAAUAUUAAACAAUCAAGUUGAAAUGGUGGAAGCUUUAAAUGAAAACAUUAAAGAAUUACAGACUAGAUACGAUGCAUUAUUACAAAUGUACGGAGAAAAAGUGGAAGAAUAUCAAGAGCUUAGAUUAGAUCUUGAAGAUAUCACAGAUAUGUAUAAAAGUCAAAUUGAACAACUUCUUAAAAAAGAUACUUAAUCAAAAAUAAUAAUAAUAAAUAUAUAUAUAUUGCUUAUAUAAAUGCUGCCCAGGUGGAUUUAAAUAAAGAAAAAGAAAAAUUAUGGCUAAUAUGUCUCAUAUACUUGCAUUGAUCUAGAUGUGUGUUGAAACUUAUGUAAUUUAAAUAAUUUCUCUAUUGUUUCUGUAUGUUUGCAUACAAGAAAAUAUUUUAAAAUAAGAAAGAGAAUUUGCAAAUAAAAUACUGGAUAGCAAAAAAAUAG